AUGUCUGGUUUUCAGCCCGUUCACUAUGUGCCUGCCAGUCGCCAGGCUCAAAUAUUGGCUAUGCCAGUGAAGCGCAUCCUCGCCGUUCCACAUCGAAAGGCAGGGGGUACUAAUCACUGGUGCCUCUACCUUUCGUCAUCCCCCACAAGCUCGGUUCGAAUUGAUUGUCAGCCAAGCCACACUGUUCCGAGCUCGGUCCUUCGGGGAGGCUCCAAGGCCAACCUCAUCAUCUCAGAAUUGCCUUACGAAACCUCUACCGAUGCCCAGGCCCAAUUUAUUCUCGAUGUUGCCCCUGGACUGUCAGUGGGGCAAGUUUGGGGGAAAUUACUCGAUAUGGGCGUCAUAAAUACGAAUUUGAUGCAUUUGGAGUUGGGUGCAGAUGCUGGACUACUGAUCAGAUUAAUCUUUUAUACCAACUUCAAUUUGUCGGUUGCGGCGGCAAAAGCAGGAAUUCUCAAGCUGUGGCCAGAUCAGACACCACUUCCCCUUGACCAGGGGGCUUACUACCAAUGA